GGUUUUACUGAAAUGCACUGUAUGAGUGGCCACUCAAAUUUUGUAUCUUGUGUGUGCAUCAUACCUCCAAGUGACCUCUAUCCUCGUGGGCUGAUUGCAACUGGUGGCAAUGAUCAUAAUAUUUGCAUUUUCACAGUUGACAACACGGCUCCCCUUUAUGUCCUUAAGGGUCAUAAGAACACAGUUUGCAGCCUUUCAUCUGGGAAAUUCGGCACAUUAUUAAGUGGAUCAUGGGAUACAACAGCCAAGGUCUGGCUGAAUGACAGAUGUAUGAUGACAUUACAGGGUCACACAGCUGCAAUAUGGGCAGUGAAAAUUCUGCCUGAACAGGGAUUAAUGUUGACUGGCUCAGCUGACAAAACUAUUAAACUGUGGAAAGCAGGCAGAUGUGGAAGAACAUUCACUGGACAUGAAGACUGUGUGAGAGGUCUAGCUAUUCUGAAUGAAAUGGAAUUCCUUUCUUGUGCUAAUGAUGCUAGUGUUCGAAGAUGGCAGAUCUCUGGCGAGUGUCUGCAGGUGUAUUAUGGACAUACAAAUUACAUAUACAGCAUCUCUGUCUUCCCUCAAUGUAAAGAUUUUGUAACUACUGGAGAGGAUAGAUCUCUUAGAAUCUGGAAACAAGGGGAAUGUGCUCAGACAAUCAGACUCCCAGCUCAGUCUGUAUGGUGCUGCUGUGUGUUAGACAAUGGUGACAUCGUAGUUGGUGCAAGUGAUGGAAUUAUAAGAGUGUUUACAGAGUCUUUGGAACGUACAGCAAGUGCUGAGGAGAUUCAAGCUUUUGAAAAUGAGCUUUCCCAAGCAUCCAUUGACCCUAAAACUGGUGAUUUAGGAGAUAUUAAUGCUGAUGACCUUCCUGGAAGAGAACAUCUUAAGGAUCCUGGAACAAGAGAUGGACAGACACGGCUUAUUAAAGAUAAUGGGAAAGUAGAAGCAUAUCAGUGGAGUGUUAGUGAAGGAAGAUGGAUAAAGAUCGGUGAUGUCGUUGGUUCUUCUGGAGCCACACAACAAACUUCUGGAAAGGUUUUGUUUGAAGGAAAGGAGUAUGACUACGUUUUCACUAUUGAUGUAAAUGAAAGUGGGCCUUCCUACAAACUGCCAUAUAACAUCACUGAUGAUCCUUGGCUGACUGCAUACAACUUCCUGCAAAAGAAUGAUCUAAAUCCUAUGUUUCUGGAUCAGGUGGCCAAGUUUAUUAUGGAUAACACUAAGGGGCAAACACUGUUGAGUACAAGUGCUCAAUUUUCAGAUCCAUUUACAGGUGCUGGACGUUACGUUCCAGGUUCUUCAUCUGGAUCAAGCACAGUACCUGCAGCAGAUCCAUUUACAGGUGCUGGUCGCUAUGUUCCUGGUUCAGCAUCAAAUGCAGUAGCUCCAGUGGGUGGGGUUGAUCCAUAUACAGGAAAGGGUGCCUACCAAUCAGCUGCAGCUGAAGGUGAAAAUAUUUAUUUUCCAAAGAAGGAUGCUGUCACCUUUGAUCAGGCCAACCCUACGCAGAUACUGG